UAUUGUGAAGGGGAAGCUUCCGGUUUAACGGUUACCACAAAUACAGCUUAACGGCAACCGAAAGACCGAGGACAAAUUGGAGCUAAAAUGUUUCGUGUUGCUAGCAGCCCGUUUUCUAGAAGCACACGGUCUGGCUGUUUCUGAAAGCAGAAGAAGAGAGUUGGAGCCUCUGAUGUGUCACUUCCUGCUGCGAUGCAGAGUUCAGCCUGAGAAGAAGAAGAAGUUCCCGUGGAGGACCAUCUCCUGGCUGUGACAGCAGAAUGAAGCUGCUUCAGUUCCUCUGCAUCCUCCAGCUGAGCUCUCUGUCUCCAGUUCUUCUUGAUGUUUUCACUCCAGACCCUCUGACAACAGAGACGCCUGAAGAGUUUGACUACGACCCUUAUGUUCAUCACCUCGGCAGCACAUGCAGGUGGACUCUCAGGAUGCCUGGAGACAGGAGUGGGGAGGCGGUUCCACUCCCACCGGACUUUUUAGACACUCUGGCUGACCAGAUCUGCCAGGACCUUAAAUGUGGAAGAGUGUAUUCUGUGAAUAAAACCACACCGCCUCCCAACAUCAAGUGCUACCAGCAGUGUCUUAUCCGGGAUUGGCGUCUGCAGAAGUGCUUACAGGUAGAGAUGGCAGACUGCAUCGUGACCACAGAAGUGGUCUGUGGUCAUCAGUCUGUUCGGCUGAAGGGACACGAGGAUCAGUGUGCCGGGCGGGUGGAGGUAUGGAAGGACGGGAACUGGGGCACGGUGUGUGACGACAGAUGGGACCUGAAUAAUGGCGACGUGGUUUGCGAACAGCUGGACUGUGGGGUCGCUCUGAGGGUGACGGGUCAGAAUGGAUUGUUCCCUCCAGGGAGCGGACCGAUUCACCUAGAAGAGCUGAACUGCACCGGGAACGAGCAGAACCUGUGGUUCUGUCCGGGUGUCCAGGAAAACUCCAUCUGUGGACACAAAGAGGAUGCCGGUGUGGUGUGUUCAGAUUCAAAGGCGUUUUUUGGAGAAACCACAGAAGGUCCGAAAUUCAUUCGUCCUGCAGACAGUCUGACUUCGCAACAUUUCAGCAUCAUAUUUCUGUCUAUUGGACUUGUUAUUCUGGUUCUGCUGAGCAUGGUUUUCAUCCGCGUUUACUGUAAUUGGCACGCAAAGUUUAGAUCGGUGAGGACAACGGAGCAGACGGUUUGAACAACCUGUGGGCGACGAUGAGGAGGAGACGAUGAAGAUGGACCAAAGCUUGAAGACGCGUCGGCUCUAAAAUACUGAUUAUUGUUAAAGAUCACUAGUAAUUAUAAUAAACAUUUAUCACAAACAAAAGGCUAAUUAAAAAAAUUAAUAAAAACCAUCAAAUGAAAAUAAA